AUGUAUUACCGAAAUGCCCAGGCCGCCCUGGUCGUCUACGAUGUCACGAAGCCGUCCUCGUUGACAAAAGCGAAACAUUGGGUGGCAGAGCUGCAGCGUCAGGCUAGCCCAGGGAUCGUCAUUGCCCUUGUCGGCAACAAGCUGGACUUGACCAACGAUGGCGGCGAUGCUCCGGCUGCCGCGGCCGUUCGCGAGAGUGAAUCCGAGUCAGCUGGACCUGAUGAUGAGAAUGGGGAGGAAGGUGAAAGCCAAGAUGCCAUCCCCGGCGAUGCUCGUAAAGUCUCGACUCGGGAAGCGAAUUCAUACGCUGAGGAAGAAGGAUUGCUGUUCUUCGAGACCAGUGCAAAGACUGGCACGAAUGUGGUGGAUGUCUUCACUGCCAUUGCCAACGCCAUCCCGGAGAGCAGCCUGAAGACUGGUCGGGGUGCCGGUGGAGCCGGCCAAGCUGCGCUGGGAUCCAGGCCAGGAGAGGACUCGAGGGUAAAUCUGGGUGACCGGGAUGCCGCGACCGCCAAGGAGGGCUGCGCGUGUUGA